UUUAUUUUGCUGGAUCUUCCACGGCCACUUACUGGUUCGAGAGUCAUGGGCUAGGUGUACAAACCAAGAAAAUCAACCUUUCGAGGCAAACGGCGGCGGGGAUGCGCAUUCCAUCUCUUGCGUGGAGUGGAGUUGUGCAAGAUAUACUGGAACUAGAUUAUGGGAACAUCUCAUUUACGAUCUUUGCGUUCGAUGAAGGAUGGCCGGUAUUUUCGCCAGUCGACUAUGCAAGAAGGCUUUGCCCUUUGACGAGAAGUUUCAGGGUCGCUAUGGGGUAGCACCGAUUGCUACGCUCUCCCAGGCCACCGAACCCGAACUUCAUGGAGUGCUCUUCUGUUACCAAUUACCAAUGCGCGGAUUGUUUGGUCGUAUGGAACCCCUCAAUACCUCAAUGCAUCAAUCCCUCUGGUCACCAAUAGCACUGGGCACUAUCCAUGGGGACCAAGAACUCUAUUUGGCCAGCCUUUACCGGUUCUCUCGACUUGAUCAGAUUCCGAUACUCUCCAUGGUUUUCUUUUGGGUCAACAAGUUAGUCGAAACGGUCUUAGUAGCACUGCUAAGAUCGUCAAAGCACCAACGGUAGAGCAUACACGUGUGAGGGUCUCGCCAUGGACUAAUACGUUAACCCGAAUCCCAACUGGUUAGUUACGCAUACGCUCCUAUUAUCUGUUGGUGUUAACGAUGUUGCUCUUCACAC